ACAAAAGUAGAAUUAAGACAUCCGGGAUAAAUGACUCAGCUGAGCUCAAUGAAGCCAAAACAUGUGCGUCCAGGCUUAAUUGGUUGCACAAAGACCAAGCCAGGAUGAGCAGACACGGAUUCAUUAAGCCAGGUGAAACCAAUCCUGGAUAGGUGCGCGCUCACGGCUCACUCAAAUAGACCCCGCCACAGAUCACAGAUUAACUGAUUUACCAUGGCAACUAGAGCCGCGUACUUUUCCCCGUCGGAAGCACAAAUCCUCAUGGAGGCAUACGAGGAGGUAAAAGAUAUAAUUAAGAAGAAAGGCAACACCGCCACAGUGAUAAAGCAAAGAGAAAAAGCGUGGCAAAGUAUUGCAGACCGCCUGAAUGCAUUAAACAUGAACGGGCCAAAAUGGACAUGGCAGCAGGUCAAAAUCAAAUACAAGAACAUUCUGCAGAAUGCAGUGAAAAAGAAUACCCACAGACAAGGCACGGGUGGUGGGUCACCAAAGGCUGACCUUACCCCAGCAGAGGACAUGGCCUUGGCGCUAAAUAAAGGCAGGCCCGUCUUAGAGGGGAUCCCUGGGGGGAAAGAGACGAGCAUAGGUUCCUCCCAAGAUGCCACCCGCUUCAUUCAAGUGCCUGGCAGCACUGUGUUCCUGUUAGAGCCACCAGCACAAGCACCAGACGAUGCUGAUCCAGGUGAAGGCCCCAGUGCAGCAGCAACAGCACAUGAUGGAGACGAUGAUGAGGAGGAGACCAUCUCUCUGGAUUCCAGAAGGCAUGAGGACCCAGAUGCUAUACAGUGGGAAAACCAGCCUGGCAACAUAAGCUCACAAGCUAUCAGAAAGUUGUAUGGCAACCACCUCCGGCGCCAAAUAGAACUGGCAGACAUAGACAUUCAGUACAAGAAGAAAAAGAUGGAAAAUCUUGCACUGGAGUCCGAAAUAAAAAAGAGGACAAUUAGGAAACUGGACCUUGAAAUAAAAAAACUUGAGAGGGAGCUCCAAGAAGAUGACACAGCUCAAAAUAAAAAUUAGCAAUCAGUACAACCAAGUCAUCGUUAUAAGGCAUCGCCCUCUUUUGCCCACCCCCCCAGCACCAGGUGUGGCCACUAGCCUAUAUGAAGGCCCAAAAUUGUGUGUUCCUUUCUGCUCUGACAAUGGCAUGCCCAUUCGUGCGAGAUGUGGUGGAUGAAGAAGCACUUGUGCUGAGGAGAGCCUUCAGGCGAGAAAGGGUCUUCAGGGCCGGUUGGACCCACUGGCCUUCCCUGAUGACCAUCUAUAUGAAAGAUACAGGUUUUCUGCAGAUGGCAUCAGGUAUCUAUGCAGACUACUGGGUCCCAGGAUUAAGCACCGCACUGCACGGAGCCAUGCACUGAGUGUGGAGCAAAUGGUUUGUGUGGCCUUGCGCUUUUUUGCUAGUGGAGCCUUCCUGUACUCAGUGGGGGAUGCUGAACAAGGCCACAAUUUGCCGCACAAUAAGGAGUGUGUGUCUGGCUAUCAAAGCAUUAGCAGAUGUCUUCAUCUCCUUCCCUGGCCACAGAAGACUCUGUGACAUCAAAGAGGAGUUCUAUAGGAUUGCAGGUUUCCCCAAUGUCAUUGGUGCAGUGGACUGCACACACAUAAGGAUAAAAGCCCCCGCAGGUGCCCAUGAGGCCGAUUUUUGUGAAUAGGAAAUCCUUUCACAGCAUUAAUGUUCAGAUGGUCUGCAAUGCUGACUGUGUGAUCAGCAAUGUUGUGGCAAAAUGGCCUGGCUCAGUCCAUGACUCCAGAAUCUUUCGGGCCUCUGAAAUCUAUCACAAGGUGAAUUCUCUGGUGUGUUGCUGGGAGACAGGGGUAUGGCUGCCAGCCUUUUCUCCUGACACCUUUCACAGACCCCCAGGAAGCACAGCAGGCCUACAACCAUGCCCAUGCCAGGACCAGGGCCAGAGUUGAAAUGACCUUUGGCCUCCUGAAGGCACGCUUUCACUGCCUUCACAAAUUAAGGGUCAGCCCUGUUAGGGCAUGUGAUAUUACUGUGGCUUGUGCUGUCCUCCACAAUGUGGCCUGCCUGAGGAAGGAGAGGGCCCCCAGAGUGCCACCAGCCAUGGACUGGGACAAUCCGGCAAUCUUCCCUGAUGACGACAGUGGUCGGCUGCUGAGGGACCAAUAUGUGUUGAAUUAUUUUAGUUAGUAUGUGUGCUUUCAAUUUUGGUUAAAUAUGUCCUGCGGUGGCAGAGGA